CUUUCCUAAUCAAACCGCACUUAAAAAUCCUUAGCAAUCUGAAACCCCAAACUAUGUUGAGCCCUUUUAGCUGUGCCUUCUUCCAUCCAGAAACAUCUGAUGAGUUCGACGAAUCCAUCAUCACAGACAGUCCUUGUUCCACUCCAAGAAGAUCAUCAUGUAGAAGAAGUGGUGGUCUCAUCCAUAGAAUCCAUCACAGCAACAAGGAUAACAAGAACCCUUAUUCGACUCGAGGCCUAGACAAGUUCUCUGCACUUAUGGCUGAUCUUGAAGAGAAACGUAAACAGAUCUAUGCUCAAACCGGCUCUGAGGACGAUACCUUUGUUCGAUUCGUGUACAAGGACUCAAACGACAACGUUCCUGUUCCGAUUGUGCUCAAGUUGAAGGACAAGAAGCAAGAAGAGCAGAAGAAGAAGCCUCAUCAUCAGGAAAAGCAUGCAGAAGCGUUAGAUAAAUUGACCGUUAAGCCCUCCGUUGUGCCCGCCAAAGAAGUAGUACUCGAGCAACAACCUAAGACCAACAUGUUUGACUUCUUGUCGAACAUCAACUUCAGGAGACCGUCGUUUUAUCUUCCGGUGGUUGUGGUGUUGAUUUUGGUGUUGUUGGCCGUGUUUGGGCGGUCGGUGGCCAUUUUGUGUACCUCUAUCGGUUGGUAUGCGAUUCCAACACUGAAAGAACAGAGCUCACAAACUGCUGCGAGAAGAAGAAGAGCUUCUAAGCCAAAAAAACUUGUGAAAAGGUCGAGCCAGAAUAAAAUUAGUACUAGUGAAUUGUCUUCUCCGAAAAGUGAAGGCAAUUCCUCUCCCCAUCCCCGGAAACAUGAUCACCGGAAAAGUUGGUGAUGCAUGAUGAAGCUGUUGAUCGACUUGCAUUUCUUCCUUCUUUCAUUUUUAUUUCUUUUCCCUAUUUUCUUUGGGUCAAGAAUUUGCAGCUGUGCAUGUACAAAUAUUUGUGUUACAAGUUCCUAGCUUCAAACUGUCUUCCACAUGUUGAUAAAUGUAAAUUACGAGUAACCGGAUGAUGGUGUUCCGAUUUGA